AUGAAAGGAGAGAUGGAUGAGGAAAUAACCUGGGAAGAGUUCACGAAGACCCUGAGCGGUUUAAAAAAUGGAAAAUCGCCGGGAGAAGAUGGGCUAACUGUAGAAUUCCUAAAGGGCUUGCCAGGAUGCUGGAAAGAGGAGCUAUAUGAGACAAUCAACCAAGCUUGGAAGAAAGAAAUCUGGGGUUGGGUGAAGCAAAAGAAGAUGGAGCAACUAAGAGGACGAUACGCAAAAAUGAUCAUGGGCCUAAACAGUAACACCCCGGACUACAUCUGGAAAACGGAGGCAAGUAGGACAGGAAUGGAGUUAGAAGCUAGAAGAAGAGCCUACAAAUACAUUGUUGAGGUAGCUGGAAUGAAAGAUGACAGGUGGCCGAAAGUUUGCCUCCGGGAGGAAGCAAGACUUACCUUGAAUAAAAACCCCACAAAAUUCGGAAGUGAUAUGGUGAAAGCGUUACAAGAGACCGAGGAGAUGACGACACUACUCAAGAAUAUGAUGGAAAAUAAAAACUUGGAGUGGAUAGAGACCAAACUAAGUGAGAGCUUAAGAGAGCUAGAAACGAAAUUAAAAACGGAAAUAAGAGCCAAGGUCGCGCAAUCAAGGUACUGGGAUAAAUAUGAAGAGAUAACAAGUGAAGAAAAUUUUAACAGCUACUGGGAGCAAAAGCAAUGGAAGGGCUGGGAAAAAGAGCAGUGGGCAAGACUGAGAAGCGGCAACCUAGGCAGAGUGGGAAAUAAAGGCUACAGUGACACCAACUGCAGGUUGUGCGGAAAAGCAGAGGAGACACUAGAUCACCUAUGGGUGUGCGACAAGGCAAAAAGUGCAAUAAAGAAAGAGUGGGUAAAAGAUAUGGAAAACUGGAGAAAUGCAAAGGAAGGUACUGAGCUGGAAAGACUCACAAUUAACACUCUGCAGGGUGAGCCAAAGACAGAGUUGUGCAGAUAUGCAAGGGAGUUCGAGAAGCUA